AUGACGUCACACCUUCCCUUCGGAAGGCUCCCUUCCGAAGCUUGGAAGGACCCCUCGCGACACGCGAUGAUGCCACACCUUCCCUUCGGAAGGCAUGAUGACGUCACACCUUCCCUUCGGAAGGCUCCCUUCCGAAGCUUGGAAGGACCCCUCGCGACACGCGGUGACGUCACACCUUCCCUUCGGAAGGCAUGA